AUGAGCUGUCAAUAAUCACAAAAUUUUGAAGAAUACACUAUUGAAAAAGAAUUUGACACUUACAACAAAGAUCAAGGAAAAAUUGAUAAAAUAAAAAUUCAUAUCACAUUCACCUCAGAUUAUCUACUCAUCAAAUGGAACAGUCUUGAGAGUGUAAAUUUUAUAUACAACUGAAAAUAUAGAUUAGAAGGCCCAAAUGUCCUUGAGAAACCAGAUUUAUUUAAUAAUAUAGAUCAAAUUCACAAUCUUUCAUGGCAAGGCUAGUAUAGUGAAAACAAAAAAAAAUGGUCAAUGGAAUGCGUUUUGGAAUAAACAACUUUUAGAGAAUGUUUGUGGAUAUUAUAAAGAGGAUUUGAAGCAAGGAUUAUGGAAAGAUCUAUUCAAAAACUAUUAGAGGUAAAAUAUUACAUUAUGAAUAGUAAAGCAUAAAUUUUUGAGAUUGGAGAAUAUUUAAAUGACUUUAGAAUUGGAAGAUGGAAUUGUAUUUGUUAAUAUAGGAAAAUGUAUAUAAUAUAACAAUAGUUUAGUGGUGGUGGGAUUUACAAUAAAGAAGGUUGGAAGCAAGGCAAAUGGAUUGAACCAGAUGAAAGAAUUUAUGAUAUUAAAAAAGUCAGUUAUAAUGGUGAAUAUAAUAUGAAUAAUAUGAAAGUAGGUAGGUGGGAUAUUAUGUAUUGUAAGUAUGAUGAGAAGGAAUAUAAACAAAUGUAAAUAUUAUAUAAUUUAUAAGAAUAUUUAAAUCUACAAAUGUUUAUAGUGCUGGAGGAUCAUAUGAUUAAGAAGGAAAUUAGAGAAAGGUUGGAAAGUGGGUAGAAUUAGAUGCAGGGUUUUAUUGUUUUCAAUAUAAUUCCAAAUAAGUCACUUAUAAUGGUGAAUAUAACAUGAAUAAUAUGAAGGUAGGUAGAUGGGAUAUUAUGUAUUGUGAUAGAGGUGGAAAUGGAAAAUAUAAAUAAAUGUAAAUAUUAGAAUUGAUGAGAAUAUUUAAAUACAAAUAUAUAUAGUGGUGGUGAAUC